GCAAGUUAGGGCCAGAGGAGGGAGUUGGCAACCGGUCAAACUCUCCGGCUCUUGCCCGCUCUGUCAUGGGGCGGUCGGCGGGAGGAUAAGAGGGAGCCACUUGAGGCUGAGGGACAGAGUCGGGGCAGGGGCAGAGGGACGGGAGACGAGAGGAGGCCUCCUGCGACGAUGGCGCUGUGGAAGGUGGUGGACCUCCCGGGGCUCAGCAUGAACCUGUCUGGGCUCUUCCCCUGGCUGGCUGGACUCUUCUUGACUCUCCUCCUGCUCAAGUUGUCUAAGCUGUGUGUGCGGAGAAAGUUGUUUGUCCAGGCCUUUGGCAGCUUCCCCGGCCCCCCGGCCCACUGGCUGUUCGGCCACGCGCUCGAGAUUCAGCGAGGAGGCUUGGACAAGGUGAUGGUUUGGGCUCAGGAUUAUCCUCACGCCUUCCCGCUGUGGCUCGGGAAGUUCAUCGGCUAUCUGAACAUCCACGAGCCGGAUUAUGCCAAGGCUGUGUUCAGCCGCGGAGAUCCCAAGGCACCGGAUGUCUAUGAUUUUUUUCUCCAGUGGAUUGGAAAAGGGCUGCUCGUUCUAGAAGGGUCCAAAUGGUUCCAGCACCGAAAGCUGCUGACGCCAGGAUUUCACUACGACAUCCUGAAGCCUUACAUACGAGUCUUUGUGGACUCCUCCAAGGUGAUGCUGGACAAGUGGGAAAAGAAGAUCACCGCAGGUUCGUCCCUGGAAAUCGUCCACGACGUGGGACUCAUGGCUCUGGACAGCCUCAUGAAGUGCACCUUUGGCAAGGGGAACAGCAGCCAGCUGGAGAGUGAAAACGCCUACUACCUCGCAGUCCACGACCUGACCUUUCUCAUGCAAGAGCGGAUCGAUCGCUUCCAGUAUCACAACGACUUCAUUUACUGGCUCACCCCCCACGGGCGUCGCUUCCUCCGGGCCUGCAAGGCCACCCACGACCACACAGACCAAGUCAUCCGGGAGAGGAAGGAGGCCCUCCAGAACGAGCGGGAGCUGGCGGUGCUCCAGAAGAAGCGACACCUGGAUUUUCUGGACAUCCUGCUCUGUGCCAAGGAUGAAAGCGGCGAGGGGCUGUCGGACGCGGACCUGCGGGCCGAGGUGGACACGUUCAUGUUCGAGGGCCACGACACCACCACCAGCGGCAUCUCCUGGUUCCUCUACUGCUUGGCCCUGCACCCCGAGCACCAGCGGCGCUGCCGGGAGGAGGUCCAAGAGAUUCUGGGAAACCGGGACGCCUUCCAGUGGGAGGAUCUGGGAAAGAUGACUUACCUCACCCAGUGCAUCAAGGAGAGUUUUCGCCUCUACCCACCCGUCCCCCAGGUGUAUCGCCAGCUGAACAAGCCCGUCCAGUUCGUCGAUGGAAGGAGCCUUCCGGAAGGCGCCCUGGUCUCCCUGCAUAUCUACGCUCUCCACCGGAACCCUAAAGUGUGGUCUGACCCCGAGGUGUUCGAUCCUCUCCGCUUCUCCCCGGAGAAUUCCGUGGGCCGACACCCCUACGCCUUCUUGCCGUUCUCCGCGGGGCCCAGGAACUGCAUCGGGCAGCAGUUCGCCAUGUCCGAGAUGAAGGUGGUGUCCGCCCAGUGCCUGCUCCGUUUCGAGUUCUUGCCCGAUCCUUCCCGGCCCCCGGAGCCCAUCCCCCAGCUGGUCCUCAAGUCCAAGACGGGCAUCCACCUGCGCCUCAGGAAGCUGCAGUAGGGGCGGGUGAGGGGAGGCAAGGGACAGGGAGGUGUGCCCAGGGGAGGGGAAAGAAGGUGAUGAGAGGUGGCGAGGGCUCUUUCCUGCCUUCAGUGAGUUUAUUAUUAUUAGUAGUAAUAAUAAUAAUAACAAUGGUACUUGUUUAAACGCUUACUGUGUGCCAGGCACUGUCUAGAAGGGGAAUCCAGACAGACGUCGGGGUCUGUUUCGACCCCAGAAGCGGCGGCGGUGCCCCCGUUUACAGCUGAGGUGACGGGAACCUGUGUCUCCCAUCUUCCAGCUGUCGGGAACCGUUGCCCCCCAGUUUCAUCUGUGGGAUGAAGCCAUUUUGUCUUCCCCCCAGGUGUCAUUCAUUCAUUAAAUUGUAUUGACUGAGCUCCUACUGUGUGCAGAGCACUGUGCUAAAUGCUUGGGAGAGUACAAUAAGGCAAGAGACAGACUCAUUCCCUGCUGCCCGGGUUGCACCCUCAGCCUCACUCCCUCCAGGCAGCCAACCGGACCUGCCAGCUUCCGUACAGGCUGGAAAGACCCCAAAUGGGGUGUUUCUGACCCACUGGCUCUCGGCCCUCCCCUGCCCGGUCGCCCCGGGACCUCCCCACUGGGUCCCACCCGAUCCCCCACCCGUGCUUGGCCCCGUGUCCAUGAUGCGUGGUCAUCUCUAGGACAUCAGCGACAGGAUGUGGCAGGGUGACGCCAACCGUGGGGGUCACACGGGUUCCGGGAGGCACCGGCCCGGGCUCUCCGCGGCCCUGGCCCACGGACACCCAGCUGCUCCGAGGCCGGGGGACACCCGGAUGACCCUGUCCCCUGAAGCCUCCAGUCUCUACGGUGGGUUUGAACACAAGCUCUGUAGACUGUCAGCUCAUUGUGGGCAGGGAAUAUGUCUGCUUAUCGUUCUACUGUACUCUCCCAAGCGUUCAGUACGGUGCUCUGCACACUUUAAGUGCUCAGUCAAUACAACUGAAUGAAUGAAUUGAAUGAAAGUCAGGAACCAUGGAAAUUAAGAGAGGUAAAAUCAAGGAGUUGUGUAAGUCACCCACCUCCCCUGAUAGGCCCUAAGCCCCUCGAGGGCAAAGGUCUGUCUCAUACUUCUUCUGAACGUCCCCCAAGCACCCAGCACGGUGCUCUAAGCCCAACAGGCACUCAGUACAGUGCUCCACAAACAUGUAUGCUCCCUUUACUGCACUUUGCUCACAUAAGUACUCAGUUCCCUGCUCUGUUUUAAACGCCCAUUAGAUGCUCAGUACAGUCCCUGCUCACAGGUAUCCAGAGCAGCACCCUGCAUACGCUGGGCAUCUCAGUUAAUCCUGGUGAUGAUUGUGAAGAUGAUGAUCGCGUUUAAAGCUUCUGGAACGUUCCCUGCCUUUCCUUAAAAAAUUCUGCAUUGAAAGAUCUCACCCUCCACAGGCUCCAUCGCCAACAUCCACCAAAGCCUCACAACUCUCUGAGUGAGGAAGUUCUUCCGGAUGUCUAGCCUCAAUCCCUCCAGCUGUCACCCUCUCCUAGAAAGGGAACAGUUGUCGGCCCCAACUUGUAACUGACUUUUAGCGAGGCAUCAAUCAACUUUCUUGCUCUGCUCAA